UUCUUCAUGCUCUUUGUGGUCACAACGUGCGGUGAUGUCAUCUACGAAUUGGGCAGAUUGAUCUUAUAAAAACCAGAAGGUGACAUCCUCUCGUUCACUUGUGACACUUCUAUCAGAGGUGAAAAUAAGUUGUGCACCGUGAACCACCAAACAGGCAAACUGUCUACUUCAAAGAGGAAAAACUCCAGUUUGCUGUCACAGAACAUGCACUGGCAAAAAUUAACUUCAGAAAAGCCGCAGCAAACACACCAGCAGCGCCCUUACUUAGGGGUACGUGUGAAAGAACCAGUCAAGGAACUGCUGAAAAGAAAGAGGGGGAGUUUUUGUAGCACAAUUUCCUCAACACCAUCGGUAACCUCAACCUAUCAGACAUACCCAACCUACACUUCAGUUGUGUCUAAUCCGACUGAUCUGCAGUACAUUGAUAUGGAUGCAACCACAUCAGCUCUGCCUGUCCAUGAUGAAGGAACACUUUAUACUGGUUGGAUUUCUCAGCCAUCCACUGCAUCGUUUCCACCAUUAACCCAAUGGACAGCAUGCCCUGAGUACCUGUCCCAUGAAACUGUUAGUUGCCCGUAUACAGGAGAUAUGUAUGUCCAACCAAUGUGCCAAGGGUAUACUGUGGUGGGAGCCCCAUCAGUUCUGACAUACACCUCUCAGCCUCUGAUAACAAACUUUACCACAAGAAGUGUCACUCCAGGUAUUACAAACCAAAUGGAGUAUAUAGAUCAACAAGCCCCCCUGACUUACUUUCCUUGGACGCAGUCAAUUCCUACUCUUCCGGCGGCACCUCACAGCCUACAGUAUCAGGCAACUCCUCCUACUCUACAGGGGCCACAGUUAGUCCCUAUACCAAUUUCACUACCAGUCCCAGCCCCACAGGAACAAGAUGAGACAAGAAGAGACAUCAACAAUAUUUCUAUUGAAAAACUGCUGCAAGAAGCAAAUGAUAGUGAGUCCUAUGUUCUAAAUCAAACCCUUGAGGGGCUUUAAGAACUCAGAACUAACGUAUUUGUGAUAUAACAAAAAGCCCAGUUACCUCUAUUCCAAUCCAUUAGCAUAUGACAGCUGAUUUUGCUUCUUUACUAUGACAUUCGUAUUCUAUUAAAAGCAUAACCAUUUGGUUAAAUUAAACUCACAAUUUACAUUUAUGAUACAUCUAAAAUAUCUGCCUUUCUUGUAUUUUUCAAUGUGAUAAAUAUGAUAAAAUUGUCUAAA